AUGACGGCGCCCUGCUGCCGGCUGGCCCGGCUUCCUCCGCGCCGCCGGCUACGGCUCCGGCUCCGGCUCGUGCCGUUCCCGCCGCCGCUGCUGUUGCUGCUGCUGGCGGCCGCGGGGCCGGCGCGCGGCUGGGAGAGCGGAGACCUGGAGUUGUUUGACUUGGUGGAGGAGGUGCAGCUCAACUUCUACCAGUUCCUCGGGGUGCAGCAGGAUGCUUCAUCUGCAGACAUCAGAAAAGCAUAUCGUAAGCUUUCACUAACUUUGCAUCCAGACAAGAAUAAAGAUGAAAAUGCAGAAACUCAGUUUAGACAAUUGGUGGCCAUUUAUGAAGUUUUAAAGGAUGAUGAACGAAGGCAGAGGUAUGAUGAUAUUCUGAUCAAUGGACUUCCAGAUUGGCGACAGCCUGUAUUCUACUACAGGCGGGUGAGAAAAAUGAGCAAUGCUGAGCUGGCAUUACUUUUGUUCAUAAUUCUCACAGUGGGUCAUUAUGCUGUGGUUUGGUCAAUCUACCUGGAAAAACAACUGGAUGAACUGCUUAGUAGAAAAAAGAGAGAAAAGAAAAAAAAGACAGGUGGCAAGACUGUGGAUGUAUCAAAACUUGGUGCUUCAGAAAAAAAUGAAAGAUUACUGGUGAAACCACAGUGGCAUGAUUUGCUCCCCUGCAAGCUGGGAAUUUGGUUUUGCCUUACACUAAAAGCAUUGCCUCAUCUAAUCCAGGAUGCUGGGCAGUUUUAUGCUAAAUAUAAAGAAACAAGAUUGAAGGAAAAGGAAGAUGCAUUGACUAGAGCUGAACUUGAAACACUUCAAAAGCAGAAGAAAGUUAAAGUAAAAAAACCAAAACCUGAAUUUCCUGUAUAUACGCCUUUAGAAAGUACAUAUAUUCAAUCUUAUGAUCAUGGAACUUCUAUAGAAGAAAUUGAGGAACAAAUGGAUGAUUGGCUGGAAAACAAAAACAGAACACAGAAAAAACAGGCACCGGAAUGGACAGAAGAGGACCUCAGCCAGCUGACAAGAAGUAUGGUUAAGUUCCCAGGAGGAACCCCAGGUCGAUGGGAAAAGAUUGCCCACGAAUUGGGUCGAUCGGUGACAGAUGUGACAACCAAAGCCAAGCAACUGAAGGAUUCAGUUACCUGCUCCCCAGGGAUGGUCAGACUCUCCGAACUCAGAUCCACAGCCCAGAACUCCCGGCCCCCCAAGGCCGCCACCACCUUGCCGGACGAUAUCGUCACUCAGCGGGAGGAGGCCAAGCAGGCUGGGGAGCUGGAGGAGGAGGACGGCGAGGAGGAGGCCGAGCCGGAGGCCGCGGAGCAGAGCCGGCCUCGGAGGCGCAGGCCAGCCCGGCCGCCCGAGCCGGAAGAGAAGGUCCGGGGAAAGAGGCAGAAGGACUUCGACAUGUCGGAACAGCACGAGUCCAGCGACGAUGAGAGCCAGAAGAGAGAGAGAGAGCGAGCGCGAGCGCGAGCCGCGGAGGAGCCCUGGACUCAGAGCCAACAGAAGCUUCUGGAGUUAGCAUUACAGCAGUACCCAAAGGGAUCCUCUGACCGCUGGGACAAAAUCGCCAAGUGUGUCCCGUCCAAGAGUAAGGAAGACUGUAUCGCUAGAUACAAGCUGCUGGUUGAACUGGUCCAAAAGAAAAAACAAGCUAAAAGCUGA